CUGCGCUUGCGCUCUGGGCACAACCGUUGCAGGGCGCCCAGGGCCCUGAGAUAGACCAUUGGACGCCGGCCCUCCCCUCUUUCCGCCCUGAGGUACCCGGCCUUGUGGCCCUAGGACGUUCCCGUCGCAUGGCGGAGUGCUGCGGUUGAUGCCCAUGAAGUCCUUAGUCCUUCUAUUUGCGCUGUUUCUAUGGCCUUCGUCCUUGCCGGCGUAUCCGACACCGUGAGUGCCAAGGAGGAUGCCAAAUGGCUUCAGUGGGUGACACAGCAGUUUGAGACCAUUGCAGGAGAAAACGAAGAGAUCAACCUGCAAGAAUUCAAAACAGCCCUGAAUGUGAAAGAGCCCUUCUUUGCGGAGCGGUUCUUUGCCCUGUUUGACUCAGAUGGAAGUGGCACCAUCACCCUCCAGGAGCUGAAGGAGGCUCUGAACCUGCUCAUUCACGGCAACCCCAUGGACAAACUCAAAUUUCUCUUCCAGGUGUAUGACAUCGAUGGCAGCGGUUCCAUCGACGCGGACGAGCUGCGCACGGUGCUGCAGUCGUGCCUGCGGGAGAGUGCCAUCUCGCUGCCAGAGGAGAAGCUGGACCAGCUAACGCUGGCGCUCUUCGAGUCGGCCGACAAGGACUGCAGUGGUACCAUUACCUUCGACGAGCUCCGAGACGAACUGCAGCGCUUCCCCGGGGUCAUGGAGAACCUGACCAUCAGCGCUGCCCACUGGCUGAAGCCCCCCACUGCUCAGCCGUGCCCGUACCGGCCUCGCCCACUGACCUCCGCCUAUUGGCACAACCACCGCAGCCAGCUCCUCUGCUUGACUGCCUACGUGGGCCUCCACGUGCUGCUAUUCGCGCUGGCAGCUAGCGCACACCGGGCCCUCGGCGUCAGCGUCAUGGUGGCCAAGGGCUGUGGCCAAUGCCUCAACUUUGACUGCAGCCUCAUCGCGGUGCUGAUGCUCAGGCGCAGCCUCACAUGGCUGCGGGCCACAUGGCUGGCUCAGGUCCUGCCUCUGGACCAAAACAUCCAGUUCCACCAGCUUAUGGGCUACGUGGUUGUCGGGCUCUCCCUUGUGCACACUGUGGCCCACAUUGUGAACUUCGCACUCCGGGCUCAGUCUGAGUCUAGCCCCUUCCAGUUUUGGGAACUGCUGCUCACCACAAGGCCUGGCAUCGGCUGGGUCCAUGGCUUGGCAUCCCCGACCGGCGUGGCACUCUUGCUGCUGCUGCUCCUCAUGUUCGUCUGCUCCAGCCCCUGCAUCCGCAGGAGUGGCCACUUUGAGGUGUUCUACUGGACCCACCUGUCCUACCUCCCUAUGUGGCUCCUGCUCAUCCUACAUGGACCCAACUUCUGGAAGUGGCUGCUGAUCCCCGGCACCUUGUUCUUCUUGGAGAAGGCCAUCGGACUGGUGGUGUCCCGCAUGACAGCCCUAUGCAUUGUGGAAGUCAAUCUCCUUCCCUCCAAGGUGACUCAUCUUCUCAUCAAGAGGCCCCCUCUUUUCAACUACAGACCUGGCGAUUACUUGUAUCUGAACAUCCCCACUAUUGCUCGCUACGAGUGGCACCCCUUCACCAUCAGCAGUGCUCCAGAGCAGCGAGACACCAUCUGGCUACACAUCCGGUCCCAAGGCCAGUGGACAAACAGGCUGUAUGAGUCUUUCAAGGCAUCAGACCCAGUGGGCUGUGGCUCCAAGAGAUUGUCGAGGAGUUUGAAAAUGAGAAGGAGCCAGAGGAGGCCUCAGGUCUCUGAAAUGUCCCUUGAGAACCACCAAUUCUGUAACAUCAAGUGCUACAUUGACGGCCCUUAUGGAACCCCCACCCGUAGGAUCUUCGCCUCUGAGCAUGCCGUGCUCAUUGGGGCUGGCAUUGGCAUCACCCCCUUUGCUUCCAUCCUGCAGAGCAUCAUGUACAGGCACCAGAAGAGAAAGCACAUUUGCCCCAACUGCCAGCACUCAUGGAUGGAGGGCAUCCAGGAUGACGACAUGAAGCUCCACAAGGUGGAUUUCAUCUGGAUCAACCGAAACCAGAAGUCUUUUGAGUGGUUUGUGAGCCUGCUGACCAAACUGGAGAUGGACCAGGCGGAGGAGCCUCAAGAGGGCCGCUUCCUGGAAUUGCACAUGUACAUGACCUCUGCGCUGGGCAAGAAUGACAUGAAGGCCAUUGGCCUGCAGAUGGCUCUCGACCUCCUGGCCAAGAAGGAGAAGAAGGACUCCAUUACAGGCCUCCAGACACGCACCCAGCCUGGGCGGCCCGACUGGAACAAGGUGUUCCAGAAAGUGGCUGCUGAGAAGAAAGGCAAGGUGCAAGUCUUCUUCUGUGGCUCCCCGGCCCUGGCCAAGGUGGUCAAGGGCCACUGUGAGCAGUUCAGCUUCAAAUUCUUCCAAGAGAACUUCUAGCCACAGCUUUCUGAGCUCCGCCCAAAUCUAUACCGCUGGCCCGCUGGAUCGCAUUGCUAUAAGUGCCCCACAGGGACCAAGCCAAAUGAGCCAUC